UGCGGUUAUCAAGUACCUUCCUUGCAACUUCAUCCUUUCCCAGUCCAUUCAUCAACAAAAUCAGAAGGAAAAGCUUUUCUCGGUGGAGUUUCUCAUUUUAAAAUGUGUGUUUAAUCGUCAAAAAAAAUGCUGAAUUCCGAGAUAUCUGAUCCCUUGAGAAUUUGAUUUCUGUUUUCAAAGAUUUAGCUUACGAUUUUCCAUUGUACCUGUAGGAGAAGACUGACCUAGAUUACAUUUGUAAUUUUGGAUGGUGAAAUUUUCAGUGCAGUCAAUUUCGCAAGAUGCGUAUAUUUCGAUUGUGAAUGUUGGAAUGUUUGCAGCUGUUUUAUUAACCUAACCAGUUAAACAGUUCGAGAGACGAUAUUUUCAUUAUUUUUGUCAUUUUUGAAAAAACACGAGGAAAAAUUUGACAAUAUCGCAUUUGCAAUGCUGCAUCUAAUAGGUUAUGACGGUAUGGCAAGAGGAUGGCUUUGUACUGCAAUGUUGAGACGGUGUUCCUCUCAUAUUUUCAAAACUGUUAUUCUUCUAUUUGUUGUUUCAUUCCUGUGGCUUCAGUUAAGAAUAGUCAAUUUGAAACCAGAUCUGUUUAUGGCUCAGAAAAACCAUUAUAGUGACCCAGAAUUGACUUUUUUUGCCAAUUUUAGUGCCAUUGUUAAUUCUGUGAAUACAACAACACCUGCAAAUCUUAUGAUGCUUUCAGAUACAAUUGAGGAAAUGAACUCUCUUCAGACGGUCAGCAAUAUAGAAAAAUUUGGGCCUUUAAAUGAAAACGAUGUUGUAAUUGUGAUACAAGUGCAUAACCGAGCUCAAUAUCUGUAUGCAUUAAUAGAGUCUCUACGUCAAGCACAAAACAUUAACCAGACACUUUUAGUAUUUAGUCAUGAUUUAUUUGAUGCCCACAUCAAUGCUCUCAUUCAAAGAAUAGAUUUUACUAAGGUCAUGCAAAUUUUCUAUCCAUAUUCUAUUCAGCUACAUCCAAAUGAAUUUCCUGGACAUGACCCUAAAGAUUGUCCGAGGAACAUGAAAAAAGAAGAAGCACUGAAGAAAGGGUGCAAUAAUGCUAAGUUUCCUGAUCUCUAUGGGCAUUAUAGAGAAGCUAAAUUUACUCAAACCAAACACCACUGGUGGUGGAAGGUAAAUCAUCUUAUGGAUGGGUUGCAUAUUACCAAAAAUCAUAUAGGACCUGUAUUACUGCUUGAAGAGGACCAUUAUGUCGCACCCGAUUUCCUUUAUAUCCUUAGGAUGAUGGAGAAUCUUAAAAUAACAAAGUGCCCACAAUGCAAUAUUUUAUGUCUGGGGACCUAUGUUAAAUCAUAUAACUAUGCUGCCUUUACAAAAAAGAUUGAAAUCGUUAAGUGGCUAUCUAGCAAACACAAUAUGGGAAUGGUUGUUAAUAGAACUUUGUGGGAUCAAAUUAAAAAAUGUGCCAAGGCAUUUUGUUCCUUUGAUGACUAUAACUGGGAUUGGUCGCUACAGCAUGUGAGUGCGACUUGCAUACCAGCCCCAUUAACUGCCAUGGUAGCCAUUGCUCCUCGCGUUUUUCAUAUUGGAGAAUGUGGAGUUCACCACAGAGGUAAAGACUGUAGUAGUGAUCGUGUUGUGCACAAAGUCAUGAGAGUUUUAAGUUCAUCGAGCAAUCAUCUAUUCCCAGAAACAUUAACUGUUCACCAAAGUUUUAGGAAGCCAUUCAAAGCACCAAAGGGUAACGGAGGCUGGGGUGACUUCCGUGAUCAUCGCUUAUGUUGCAGUCAAGUAAAAAAUGCAAGUGUUGACUGUAGCUAGGUACAGUGUCAUCUAGUCUGUGUGCAAUCAUUCCUACACCACAUGUAUAUUACCUCUAUUGUUAUCCAAGAUGCAUUUACAACUAAGUGCUAAAUGUGGAUAUAAAAAAAAUAAAGAUUUUGUAAGUAUUCUA